AUGACUCGGAUCGACGACCUGUUCGAGCGGCAGGAAUACGACGUCAACAUCUUUCCUAAUUUGACUAUGGUGUGGGCCGGACCGCCACCCUCGGCUGAUAUCCGAGUCAACCUGAGGUAUCCUGGCGACGUAUUGUCAUUCGUAGCUGAGUGUCUUCGUGACGACCAAGGACCCGAAGAACUGGCAUCAUCUAACGCACUUCUUUCCCACUUCCAACAUUUCAUCGCCACACAAGCCCAUACCGAAGAUUAUCCCACCGAGCCGUUCCGGCAGACAAUGGAAUACCUCUCUCGAACAGACCUGAUGAUCCGAUGUGGUCACACGUUGUCUGUUCGCGUCAUGGCGACUAUAGCCGGAUCAGGGCCUGCUUCGCACAAAGCAGGGCUUUUGGACGAAGAGUAUGAUCUGGAGAUUGUUUGGGACAAAAGCGGUCUCUAUAUCGAUGGCAUUCCAGACUUUACAGGCUACGUGUGGUGGCAGGCCUGGAAAUUCGGCGAAACCUAUCGGGGAGAGGGAGUAACCCCAAAUAGGCAAAGGGAAACCAUUCACUUUCUUGUCAAGGAUUCUAAUGAUGAUGGAUACCAGAGAGUUUUGCCUGAAGGGGACGCAUCAAUCGGGGAGUGGAGAUGGAGUGUAAUUCCAGAAGUGUGGCGUCUCGUUGAGACUACAUCCUCCGAUUCAUAG